CACAAAAGCAGCGUGUCGUGUGCAUGUUGAGAGUGGAGUGAGCAAAGAAGGCUCAACUUCGACCACUCAAGCCUUUAAGAGCGACGAGAGACCAGGACCCUCGUUGACGACAGUUCCGCGCCUGCUGUGUCUGCGAACUGGAGAGGCUAAGCACCGUCUGCUGAUUUUCCCCACUUUGCUCUCUUCGGUGUUCUUUCACACCUGCGACCUGCACUUUCCAGCAUGAGCGCUUUCACUCCUGUCGGCAAGCUUCCUGCAAGCAACAAUGUCUCGACCGUGCGUGUGAUCGACUCCACCUCGACAAUUCACUACCCAGCCAAGUAUUUCUUUGAGACGCCCAUAGAAGGACACGAAGAUCUCAACUGUCCUGCCUUCUCUUUCCUCGUGACGGACUCGAGCGGCAAGAGGAAUGUCCUGUUCGACCUCGGUAUCCGCAAGGACUGGGAGACCGGCUUUCCAAAAUUCUUUGUGGACGGCUUGAAGAGCAGAGGUGGCUCGGUAGAGGUCGAACGUGACAUUGCUGAGAUUUUGCAAGAUGCUGCGAAGCGAGACGCAUCGCUGCCGUCGCUCGAUCAGAUCGAAAGCAUCAUCUGGUCCCACCAUCAUUUCGACCACACGGGCAACCCCAAUCUCUUCCCUCCUCACGUAUCGCUCAUCGUAGGACCAGGGUUCAAGUCGGCCAUCCUACCGGGCUAUCCCGCGGAUCCCGAGUCGCCCACAGUUUCCGCAAUGUGGGAAGAUCGCGACCUCAUAGAGCUAGACUUCAACGAUUCCUCUCGCACGCUGCAUAUCGGACGAUUCAAAGCGUACGAUUACUUUGGCGAUGCUUCCUUCUAUCUGCUAAACACGCCGGGACACGCACCAGGUCACAUCAGCGGCCUGGCACGCGUCUCGCCCGACACGUUCGUCUUGUUCGGAGGCGAUGCAGCUCAUCAUGCCGGCGAGAUUCGUCCGCACGACGGGCAUCCUUUGCCCGCCAACGUAAUCAUCCACUCGAGCCAGAAAUACAGCAAGGGAGCUGGAUGCCCUUGUGAAGUUUUGGAGCGCAUCAAUCCUCAACAGAGCAAAACAAAGCCAUACUACGUGCCGUCCGACGACUUUUGCUCCGACCGUCAAGAAGCGCUCGACUCGUUGCUUGGUUUGGGCGAGCUAGAUGCGCAGGAUGGUGUCUUCAUCAUCCUAGCUCACGACAGGCUUCUCAAAGACGUCUUGCCACUAUUUCCCAAGAAGAUCAACGAUUGGAGGAAAGAUGAUCUGGAUGCCAAGACUAGAUGGCUUUUUGUCGAUGACUUUGCGGCAGCCGCUGAUAAGGCGUAAGAUGUCAGAAAGGCGAAGGGAAAUUCGGAAUGCAGCAUCGUUACUUGGGCACCUCUGAAUGCUUUGACAGGCUUUCUUGUUCGUCAGACGUGGAUGUGACGCCAAUGUCCUUCGAGUUGAGGAUACGUACAAGUAAUGAGCAAUGUGAUGGCACUGAAGAGACUCAAGGCGCUUCGGCACCGCCGUCGAUGCAGAGUAUUGCCUGCCAUGUGAUGCCCGGUACAGACGCAACUACCAUGCUUCGCAGGACUGGAGCAAGCAUCCUAAGCGUCGUCUCCCCAGUCAAGGUGUUCCUCCUCCCCAUCAAAUCCCAGCGCAGGUGUUUCCGAUUCCGGGCUCGUGUGAGGCAGAUGAAUCUCCGGCGAUUGCAGGGAUUCUGGUGAAGGAGCUCUAGGCAGUGCCCAGCCCAAAGAUCUAGCAAGCUCUGCAAGUCCUGAAGUAGAGGAAGAUGAGUUGGGGCCGACUCCUGCUGAAGACACAGCAUCU